AUUCCGGUUGCAUAUGUGUCUUUGAAUUAAUGAUUUGCGCUUAGAGCGGGUAGUUCGCUGGGUCUGUGGGUGAACUGACCCCGGCCCAUUCAUAAAUCGGGGCUCCGGCACAAAUUGCUACAAUUUAGCCAGAAGCGGAAGUGAAUGUGAUACAUUGUAGCCAAGGGACUGGUUGUGCGCGAGAGGCAAGUCUCCCCUUAGCAGCUGCGAGCCGGCAUCUCUGUGCCACGCCGAUCCGAGGUGGGCACACUCGGGGCUGUCCUGCAAUGGGCCGGGUCAACACGGAAGGGCUCAAGGCGAAGAGAGCCACGCCAGGAGUCCGGCAAAGCCAGAGGAUCCGCAGGAAGCAGCACUUUGCCGCCCUGGUCUUGGCCCGAGGAGGCAGCAAGGGGAUCCCGCUGAAGAACAUCAAGAUACUGGCAGGGACGCCUCUGUUGGGCUGGGUGCUGAGGGCCGCUUUGGACUCUGAACAGUUUGACAGUGUAUGGGUAUCAACUGACCAUGAUGACAUUGAAGCAGUAGCCAGGAAAUUUGGAGCACAGGUGCACCGUAGAAGCGCACAAGUAUCAAAAGAUACAACAAGCUCAUUGGAUACCAUUUUGGAAUUCUUGGAAAGCCACAAAGAAGUACAUGUGGUGGGCCAUCUACAGUGCACAUCUCCCUGUCUCCAUCCACGCCAUCUGAAGGAUGUAGUGAAGAUGUUUAAGGAGGAGCAGUAUGAUUCUGUCUUUUCUGUUGUAAGACACCAUCAUUUUCGCUGGAAGGAGGUUUCGAAAGGGGAGUUAACCCAGCCUUUAAAUCUGAAUCCAGCUAAAAGGCCCCGAAGACAGGACUGGAGAGGAGAACUCUGUGAAAAUGGAUCCUUCUAUUUUGCAACUACAAAGUUAAUUAGCACUAACUGUCUCCAGGGCGGUAAAAUAACCUACUAUGAAAUGGAGUCAGAAUACAGUGUUGAUAUCGAUGUAGACAUUGACUGGCCAAUUGCUGAACAGAGAGUAAAGAGAUAUGGUUACUAUGGCAAGAUCGCAGAAAUAAAGCUCCUAGUUUGUAACCUGGAUGAGCAGCUUGUGGAAGUCCUAAGCUCAAACAAACGGAAUGCUGAUGUGCUUGGUUUUUCAACCCUUCAAUUGCUGAAGAACAGAAGUGUUUCGGUGGAAUUCCUUCCAAACACCAAUACAUCAAAAGAUGGCAGCAAGAAGCAACCUUCAAAAGGAGAAUUGAUGGAAAUUGCACAGAGCAAAUUAAGUACUGUGGAAAGUUUAGUGAAUAAGUUGGACAUCACUUGGAAAAAUGUGGCUUGCUUUGGCAACACUGAGUAUGACCUUGAGUGUCUGAAGAGAGCUGAAGUUCGAGGUGCCCCUCGGGAUGCAGCUCCUCCUGUCCUCGAAGUGGCGAAUUACAUCUGUACACAGAAUGGUGCAAUGAAAUCAUGGGAAGAAUUUGUUGAACAUGUGCUGCUGCUCUUGGAAAAACUUGACAAUAAGUCGCCCUAAAAGAAACACUACAAAAUAAUGAUAUUUAAAUUUUCCCAAUCUAAAAGUCAGGUUUCUCUGCAUUUUGUUUCGUGGGAAUGAAUGUAUUUUAUCUCCUGUUUAAGCCAAUGGAAGUAUGGCAUUCAUCAUUUGAGUGUUGGGCCAAGUAGCAUAAGUGGCCACGGUCUUUUAGAUUUUCUGAUCAUAACCUGGUCACUGGAAUUCUGGUUCAGCCAGUCUUUACUGUUAUCUAGUUGCUUCUUUUGUUGUUGGUCUCUUGCUCCUCUUCAGUUACCCCUUUGGUGAAAGGUAGACUACACGGCUUCUGCGUGAAUAACUUGUCUGAAGAACUCCAUUAGCCAUCAUUUGAUGUUAUUAAAGAGUUCCAUUGCUGCCCUUUCCCACUCCCAACCCAGACUCAUAGAGAUGUACAGCACGGCAACAGACCCUUUGGUCCAACUCGUCUGUGCUGACUAGAAAUCCUAACCUAAUC